AUGAGCGGAGGCAUGGCCCAGCUCCUGACGGCUCUCUUCAUGGCGGUGGCAGCAGCGAUGGGCUACCCAUCACGGCGGUCUGCCACCGACCUGGAUGCCACCCCCAGGACAACGGUCACCUUUGACGAGCUGUCAGGCGUCCGGCGCUUCAGCGCGCACACCCUCAACUACAGCACCCUGCUGCUGGAGGACGACCGGGGCAUCCUCUACGUGGGUGCCAGGGGAGCCAUCUUCGCCCUCAACUCCAGUGACGUGGCCAACGGCUCCCACCGCACGAUCCACUGGGAAGCCUCCCCGGAGAAGCAGAUGGACUGCCUGCAGAAGGGCAAAAACAACCAGACCGAGUGCUUCAACCACGUGCGGUUUCUGCAGAGGCUGAACGGCACCCACCUCUAUGCCUGCGGGACCUACGCCUUCCACCCACUCUGCGCUGCCAUCGAUGCCAACAGGUUCACGUUGCCGUCCCACUUUGAGGAAGGCAAGGAGAAGUGCCCGUACGACCCUGCCCGUGGCUACACUGGCCUCAUCGUGGACGGCGGCUUGUACACGGCCACGCGCUACGAGUUUCGGAGCCUUCCCGACAUCCGGAGGAACCUGUACCAGCGGCCGCUGAAGACGGAGGAGUCCCCGCUGCACUGGCUGAAUGAUGCUGAGUUCGUGGCCUCUGUGCUGGUCCGGGAGAGCAAGGACAGCCCCGUGGGUGAUGAUGACAAAAUCUACUAUUUCUUCACGGAGCGGGCAGGCGAGGAGACGACAUCCUUCUUUGACAAGAGCCAGGUGGCCCGAGUGGCCCGGGUGGCCCGUGUCUGCAAGAGCGACGUGGGGGGGAAGAAGAUCCUGCAGCGCAAGUGGACGUCCUUCAUGAAGGCGCGCCUGGUCUGCUACAUCCCCUACUAUGAGGUGCUGCGCAGCGUCUGCAGCCUGGACGGGGGCGGCUGGGCCAGCACCGUCUUCUAUGCCACCUUCACCCUCUCGGCACAGUGGAGGACCAUGGAGGCCUCGGCCGUAUGCCGCUACAGCAUCUCGGCAGUGCAGCACGCCUUCGAGGGCCCCUACAUGGAGUACCAGGACUCGGCUCGCAAGUGGUCCCGCUACGACGGUGCGGUGCCUGAGCCCCGGCCUGGCUCCUGCAUCACGGACCGCUCCCGCAGGAAGGGCUACAACUCCUCGCAGGACCUGCCCAACAGCGUCCUGGACUUCGUCAAGCUGCACCCACUCAUGUUCGAGGAGGUGAAGCCGGCCGGCGGGGAGCCGCUGCUGGUGAAGAAGAGCGUGACGUACAGCCAGCUGGCCGUCGACAGGGUGCGGGCCCUCGAUGGCCACUCCUACGAUGUACUCUUCAUGGGGACGGGGGACGGCUGGAUCCACAAGGCCGUGGUGCUGGGCUCCGGCAUCCACAUCGUGGAGGAAGUGCAGGUGUUCAGGGACCCGCAGCCUGUGGAGAGCCUGGUGAUCUCCCACGCCCAGAGGAGCCUGUACGUGGGGGCAGCUAGUGGGAUCCUGCAGGUGCCCCUGGCCUCCUGCGCCAGGUACGCUUCCUGCUACGACUGCAUCCUCGCCCGGGACCCCUACUGCGCCUGGGACGGCAGGGCCUGCCGCGCCACCGCCACCGCCGCCGCCGACAGCACGGGGCUGGUGCAAGACAUUCAGAGCGGCAACGGGGGAUGCCGGAGCAGCUCUGGGCGGGGUGAGUCCGUGGUGCGUGUCCCCGCAGGCUUCCUGCCGUCGAAGAAUCGGACGGUGCUGCAGGGUGAUGACGUGCUGCUGCCCUGUGACCAGCGCUCCAACCUGGCCCGAGCCGUCUGGCUGCUGAACGGCAGCGAGGUGCCGGGCCCGGGGCAGGACCGGCUGCGCGUGGGGGUGGACGGGCUGCUGGUGACAGACACGCUGCCCCAGCACAGCGGCGAGUACCGCUGCUACGGGGAGGAGCGGGAUCUCCGGACGCUGCUGGCUGCCUACAGCCUCACCGUGCUGCCCGAGCUGCCCCGCGGCCCCACGGCCAUCCCCCGGCCCCACGCUGCCAGCCAGGCAGCCAGCGACAUGACGGUGGCUUACAUCUCUGCCAUCGUCGCCUUGGUGGUGCUGUGCGCCGUGCUCAGCACCGUCCUCCUCUACGUGUCCUGCCUGGAGAAGCGUAAGGGCAAGUAUGUCCUGGGGGAGCCGCGGCCAGCCAGCGUGGAGCUGCAGACUGUCUCGGCCAACUGCCUGCGCAAAGGCCGCCGGGAGGAGGAGGAGGAGGAGGAAGAGCUCGCCUACCCCGACGGCUGCCUGCGAAUCAUCCCCGGCGAGGCGCCCACGGCUGCCACCUCCCCCGUCAAGGAGCUGCCAGCUGCCGUGCCCCCGCUACCGCCACCGCUGCCGGCCGAGCUCACCACCGGCGUGGGGGCUCUGCCCAACGUCCUCCGCAAGAUGAAUGGCAACAGCUACAUGCUGCUGCAGCAGCAGGAGGAGCCGCUGGCCUCGCCGCUCUACAGCGCGUCCUUCACCGAGGAGCUCAGCAAGAUCCUGGAGAAGCGGAAACACACGCAGCUGGUGGAGAAGCUGGACGAGAGCUCCGUGUAG